AUCCGACCUGUUAUUUGGAGGACUUUUCUGUUUUCUAAUUAUCACCAUAAUUCAUUACCAAAUAUCUCUAGAUCUGCGAAACCUAUCCCAUUAUAUGUAUAUAGAUGUGGAACUAUGCAAUGCAAGAAGAGUGCUGAAGUGGGGCAGAUGGGCUGAAUGGUGAUGAAGCCAAGGACCAUAGAAACUUUAAUUGGAUAAUGACGGCACAUCCUGCUACAUCAUCUUCUGGAUUGUCCUCAGAAUCGUCUGAACAAAUUGAGAAGCCCAAGGAUAGUAGAAAUAUGAAAGGAACACUAUCCCUCUCCCCGCAAGUCCCAGAUGCUACACAGGGACCUGUGGCAAUUUUUUGGGAUAUUGAGAACUGUCCUGUUCCUAGUAAUGUACGCCCUGAGGAUGUGACUGUCAACAUCAGAAUGGCUCUGCGGGUCCAUCCUGUAAUCAAGGGACUGGUCACUAUGUUUUCUGCCUAUGGAGAUUUUAAUGCUUUCCCCAGGCGAUUAAGAGAGGGCUGUCAGAGGACUGGUGUUAAACUCAUAGAUGUUCCUAAUGGAAGGAAGGAUGCAGCCGAUAAGGCGAUCUUGGUUGACAUGUUUGUUUUUGCUCUUGACAAUCCUCAACCAUCAUCCAUUAUGCUAAUUUCAGGAGAUGUUGAUUUUUCUCCUGCCCUUCACAUUCUUGGUCAACGAGGAUACAAUGUAAUUCUUGUCAUUCCUGCUAGAGUGAGUGUUUCAUCUGCUUUAUGUAAUGCAGGGAGUUUUGUCUGGGAUUGGCCAAGUGUGGCCCGAGGUGAAGGCCUUUUCCCCCCUGUGAAGGCCUUAAUUCCUCCUCGUGGAGGUGUGGCAGACGUUUCUGGGAUGCUAAUGGGUUGCCAGAUGUAUGAGAAUUCAGAUAAACAGAAUGAAGAAGAAGCUACAGUGUGUAGAGGCCUCUCUCGAAGCAAUUACAAUGCAAGGAAUUUCUCAAUGAUAUCAGAGUCUCUAGCUGAAUAUAAUGGCAUUUCAAUGUCUUUGCCAUGCCAUCCUGGGGGUAUGCCAUCUCACAGCCUUCCAUCUGGUUUAACUGAGGUUCCAGCUGUAGGUCCAUCUUUAUUUGGCCAGAGUGAUGUCACACCGGUUCCUCCUGGGGAUAUAAAUGGUUUGAAGGGACAGCUGGUGAAGUUGCUUGAAUUAUUUGGAGGUUGCUUGCCUCUUACACAUAUCCCCGUAGAGUACCAGAAAUUUUAUGGGAACCUGCUUUAUACUUCAGAAUAUGGGGCUUGUAAAUUUAUGAAUCUUCUGAAGAAGAUGGCUGAUGCUAUAUCUGUCGAGGGAAAAGGCCAAAGAAAGUUUGCUUACCUCCGUAACAGAAGAGCCAGACCAAGUACUCCUCCCUUGAUUGUGGCAAAAAAGGAUAGAAAAGGAAAAAGAAUGCAAGUAGUGAAUGCUGAUAAUGUGACUACACCCGAAUCUUCAGAUGAGUUCUCAGAUGAUGAAAGAUUAGUUAUAGAACAUGGGGGGCGUAAGAAAUCUGAUACAGCUGCAUUAGUUGAACAAAGCCUCCAAAGGUUCAAGCAUGAGAUUCAAGAGAUUCUUGUGAGCUACUUUUGUCGGAUUCUUCUUAGUAAUUUUGAGGCAAUAUAUAAACUGCGGUACAAGAGGCCUUUGGACUAUGAGAGCUUUGGAGUGACAGAACUUGAGCAGCUGCUCGAAAAGGUGAAAGAUGUAGUGGUUAUGCAAGAGGAGCCAGUCAGCAAGAGAAGGUUUCUGGCUGCUGUUGGGGGGUAGAGGAGCUGCUCAUUCUGUUUUGUUGACAAUUUACCAUGUAAAAGUGAAGUUUUCUGACUGCUGUUGGUGGCUAGAAGAGUUGAUCCUUUACCAUUACUUGACAACUUACUGUCUAAACUUGCCUAGAAUUCUUCAAUUGAGCUUCAGGCACAGGCUCUGGAUUAUAGAUGUCUGUCCAGUUAAUAACUCCUCAAUGGAGUCAGCGAUGGCAGGCCAGUUUUGUAAUGGUGAAUUUUCAGACGACCAUUCAUUGAUGCGCUUGACUAUCUUUCCUUGUACUUUUCUCUAACCCCUUUUCCUUGGCAG